CAUGCAGCAGCCGUGAGCCGUCCCACAUCCUCCUCUCUGGCUCCCUCUGGUUGACGGCCGCCGGGCGGGCGCUGAGCUGCUGAGGCCAUGCCACUGAAACAUUAUCUCCUUUUGCUGGUUGGCUGCCAAGCCUGGGCUGUGGGCUUGGCCUACCGUGGCUGCCCUAGAGAGUGCACCUGCUCCAGGGCCUCCCAGGUGGAGUGCACGGGGGCGCGCAUCGCGGUGGUACCCACCCCGCUGCCCUGGAACGCCGUGAGCCUGCAGAUCCUCAACACGCACAUCACCGAACUCAACGAAUCCCCGUUCCUCAACGUCUCGGCCCUGAUCGCCCUGCGGAUUGAGAAGAAUGAGCUGUCCCACAUCGCGCCCAGUGCCUUCCGUAAUCUGGGCUCGCUGCGCUACCUCAGCCUCGCCAACAACAAGCUUCGGGUUCUGCCUGUCAGCCUCUUCCAGGGCCUGGACAACCUAGAGUCGCUCCUCUUGUCCAGCAACCAGCUGGUGCAGAUCCAGCCGACUCACUUCACCCACUUCAGCAACCUCAAGGAACUGCAGCUGCACGGCAACCACCUGGAACUUAUCCCCGACGGGGCGUUCGACCACCUGGUGGGACUCAUCAAGCUCAACCUGGGCAAGAAUAGCCUCACCCACCUCUCACCCAGGGUCUUCCAGCACCUGAGCAACCUCCAGGUCCUCCGGCUGUAUGAGAACAGGAUUUCCGACAUCCCCAUGGGCUGUUUUGACGGGCUUGGCAACCUCCAGGAGCUGGCCCUGCAGCAGAACCAGAUUAGUAUGCUGUCUCCUGGCCUCUUCCACAACAACCGUAACCUCCAGAAGCUCUAUCUGUCCAACAACCACAUCUCUCAGCUGCCCUCCGGCAUCUUCAUGCAGCUGCCUCAGCUCAACCGGCUCACGCUCUUCGGGAAUUCCCUGAAGGAGCUCUCUCCGGGCAUCUUUGGACCUAUGCACAACCUGCGUGAGCUUUCGCUCUCUGACAACCACAUCACCUCCCUCCCGGACAAUGUCUUCAGCAGCCUCCGCCAGUUGCAGGUCCUGGUCCUCAGCCACAACCAGAUCAGCUACAUCUCUCCGGAUGCCUUCAAUGGGCUGGUAGAGAUGCGGGAGCUGUCUCUCCACACCAAUGUGCUGCAGGAGCUGGACGGGAGUGUCUUCCGCACGUUGGCCAAUCUGCAGAACAUCUCCCUGCAGAACAACCGCCUCAGACAGCUCCCGGGCAACAUCUUCGCCAACGCCAAUGAACUCAUGACCAUCCAGCUGCAGAACAACCAGCUGGAGAACCUGCCCUUGGGCGUCUUCGAUCACCUGGGGAAGCUGUGUGAGCUGCGGCUCUAUGACAACCCCUGGAAGUGUGACUCAGACAUCCUUCCGCUCCACAAUUGGCUCCUACUCAACAAGGCCAGGCUGGGGACAGACACCCUCCCAGUGUGUUUCAGCCCAGCCAAUGUCCGAGGCCAGUCCCUCAUCAUCAUCGAUGUCAAUGUUGUGGUCUCCAGUGUCCAGGGUCCAGUGGUCCCCGAGGUGCCCACCCACCCAAAGACACCCAGCUACUCCGACACCACUUGCAUCUCCUCCACCACUGACUUCACCAGCACCAUGCAGGACUACACCAGUCUGACCACCAUCGAGACCACCGAUAGCCAUGACACGGGGGGCAUGACCCAGGCCCAGAGCGGGCUGGCCAUUGCUGCCAUUGUGAUUGGCAUCAUUGCCCUGGCCUGCUCCCUGGCUGCCUGCAUCUGCUGUUGCUGCUGCAGGAAGAGGAGCCGUGCAGUCCUGAUGCAGAUGAAGGCACCCAAUGAGUGUUAGGAGAGGCAGGCUGGAGACAGGGCUGGGGAACAGUGGGACCCCCAGAGGAUCUGGGAUUUCAUUGUUCCGCCUCCACCCCUGGGUCCACAGAGCCAUCCCCUGCUCCCCCUCUCUCUGGUCCCCAAGAGAAAGGUGCCCCCAUCUUUUCCUGACCUGCCUGGUUCUCCUAUAGAAGAGGUUCUUGCAGAGCCUUCUUACGAACAGGGAGACCUAACCCCCUGUGGCAAAAACCCUGCGGUGUUCCCAAUUCACAUCCCUGGGCUUCUCUCAAGAAAGCCCCUCCUCUAAAGCCUCACCAGCUCUCCUCCAAAAACCACCCUCCCUGUGUCUGCACCCCUGCCAACCUCUAUAGACGCAAUUAUUACACACCUGCCACUUUGUGGCAAUAGUUCUCCACCAGGACAGCCCCGCUCCCAAGUAUUAUGAAAGUUGAUUCCCCUUCUUCGCUCCUCUUGUUUGUGACAUGGCUCUACCCUAUCCCCACAAUGAAAGGUCUCCCUUCACUUCCUACUCCUGAAGGCAAGGUGACCUCUCCUCGAAGAAGGCUUCAAACCAUUUAGCUGAUCUCUUAAGAACUGCCAAGUGCCCUGGCUUUCAGGAUGCUAUGAAAGAGAGCAGGGAGAUAUGAGGCUGCUCAGGUCCUGGAGGCCGGACUACCAUCAGCAUCUCUUGUGAUUUUUAUCUGGAAAAGGAAGAAAGGCACCGGUGCAACAAGUUUAGCCGCGUAGAGAAUGAUGUUUCUGAACUGCAAAUUUUGCUUUGAAAAUUUCAGUACUUUAAGGAAUAACAUCAUGUAGAAUUUCUCACCCCCCAAAAAAACUUGAAAAUCAGCUUAUUGGUACUGGAUGGAGAAAGCAACUUGGUGCCUGGGGGUCCUUGUGUUCACCCCCAGGAUUUUUCUCUUUUAACUUUUUAUGGAAGUGUAAUAUACAUACAGAAAAGCAGGAGCAUGAUAGUGUAUAGUUUGAUGGGUUUUCACAAACGUUACACACCUGUGUAAUCAGCACCCAAAUCAAGAAACGAGACAUCGCCAGGAUCCUCCAUCCUGAGCUUUUACUGGAGAAGACUGGGGCUUGUGGAGGUGGCAUGAACUUACCUGGGAACUGGCUCCCCAUGGGUCAGGAUGAGCCCCUCACUGCCCUCCCCCUGCAGCCAGCCCUUGCAAAGGCCCAGCUGCCAGGGUUGGAGGAGAAGAUGUAGGUACACUCUGGCCUGGUCGGGAAAUUGUAUUAAAUCCCAGAUCUUGAAGCACCAGGCUUGGCCAGGUCAGAGGCAUCUCAACUAGAGAGGCCCAUGCAACCACACACCCUACCCUGCCAACAAGCUGUCUGUUGCUCAUUGGAGGCUCCUCUGCCUGGGCCUUUUAUGGGCAUGAUAUGCCUGUAUCUGUUUUUAAUUUUCACUCUCCAUUUGGGAAAGUGAAAUAGCUCAGAGAUGAGAUCCUUUAAUCGGACAGCCAAGUGUAAUGGAACCCAGCAAUCCCUCUGGUCGUGGUAAAAUUCUCCAUCGACAUUACAGUCAGCUAGACACUGAACUUCAGCAUUCUCAUACACAGCAGGAAAUGUGGGUACAUAGAUAGGUCACACUGGGUCAGGGCCCUCUGUGGAGCCUCUCCCUGCCUGUGGUCUGGUUGCAAGGGUUCAGUUGUUUGGUCCAGAGUUGCAGUCACAUGAAUACCUGCCCUCACCAUCCUUCCUGCUAUAUAUAUAUUCACAAUGGCAAAGAAAGUACACUCAGGACAAUGCAUGUCUUUCUCUGGACAACUGGUAUACCGGUUUAGAAGUAGAAACAGUGAAAUGGAGAAUUUCAGGUAUCUGUGUCUGCCCAGGAAAGAGCUGAAUCCAACACUACAGGGAUUUGGAAAUCUGCCAUCAAUCCCGACUGGCCUUUACUAGUUCCCUCUGCUCCACGAGACAAAUAAGAAAUCCCCUUGGGCCUUAACAGCAUGAUGCUGAAAGGUCCCAACAAAACGAGUGUGUAAGAACUUGUGCAUUUUGUACCUUUUCACUCUCUGUCACAGGGAAUCUGGGAGAGAUGGGGCCUGUUAAGGCAAAAGACAUAGUAUCCCCAAGGUGAUUCUGGGUCUCCAAAAUGUUUUCAAAUUAUCUAUAGCACCUGGUGGACAUGUAUCAAGGCUUGCCAGGGUCCAAAAGGAUGUGAGUCCAGAACUUGGGGCAUGGACAUCAUUCCACUGAUGGUGGCCUGCCAUAUUGAUCCUGGGGCCCAAAGGGGAUGCUUGGCUUGCUCUCCUCCAGAGAGGAAGCAUGGUUUGGCACUGCAUUCCUCAAGAUGCUCCUUGUAACUAGGCUCCAAUGUCUCCUUGUGCAAGGGUACAAGUGGGCCAGAGAUGGCAGAGAGGUGAGGAAGGAGUCCUCUUCAUCCAGUGUGCCCUGCCAAGCUGAACCCAGAACCCCUGGGUAUUGAUGGCAUUGGCCAUGACCUUGGAAUACCAUCUUCUCUGGCCCAGGAUAUCACACGUGGCCUGAGGCCUGGCCUGAGGGCAGCUGUCCUCAGAUGACUCCCCACAGGAGCACCGUGGGUGGGGGUGAUGGACCCUUUACCUGACCUUCUGAGCUUACCUGUUCCUUUCUCCCAUCAGAGUGGACUGGAAGGAGCCAUUGGGCAUCCUCUUCCUUGGCAGGCGUUUUGGUCUUUCUGAACCACAUUGUCUGGUCAGGGGGCUGCCAGAAAAUGUGGGUGGAGCUUCCUUUCCAACAGGAUGAUGCAUUUGCUCACUUCUUGGGGCUGGAGUGAGCUGCUUGGUCCCCCAAAAGUUGAGUUCACUUUCCCCCUUUGCUCACUGGCUUCUAGUUCCCCUUGCCAGUACUCCGUUUGGAGUGGAGGGUCAGUGUUGGAGGAAAGAUAAUAAAAGCCCGUUAGAACCACUGUUUUUCAAAAAUGCUUACUGUGCAUGAAUACCCUUCAAAGCACUUGACAGCCAUUUUCUUUUUAACCCUCACAGCACCCCUGUGCAUGAGUAGUACAUGUGAGAGCGUCUAAAACCACUUGUCUUCCGCAACAUUAUUCAGUAGGCUGUGGGUUUACCUUCUCUCUUUAAGCUUCGCACAAGACCUCAUGGCCUGUCCUGAGCUUUCAUUGUUAAAGCAAAGAAAAUGGGAGUCACUGCCCUGUUGCGCCCCAUAGUCUUAGCCAUGGGAACCUCACCUGGUACUGUGUGGAUCCAAUGUUUUGUGAAUACAGGAAAAAAUUAAACUCAUCCACCCGUUAAAGGAAAACUGGCUUCUCUCAAGGGAACUGUUGGGCUGAGUGUAUAUUGUUCCUCCUUGUUAGAAUUUAAAGGCACAACACCCUUCUCAGAACUCUUCCUGGGCACCAAUACAAUUGUCACAGAUGUCUGUGUAGUGCAGUGAUGGGAAUCAUUUCCAAACUCAGGAAGCUUGUGGCGAGCAGACAGCUAGAGAUAACUAGAUAACUAGAGUUGCUAAAGAGACACUGGAGGUAGCCCGGCCUUUAGCUAUGAAUCACUCAAAGAAUUCAGCCUACAGAUCCCACAGUCAGAACUGAAUCAUGGCUGCUGCGGAGCCGGUGGUAGUUUUGGGGAGCAGGUCUUCGCUGUGGUUCAGAGAGGCAUGGGGCAGACACUCCUCCAGGCCAAACUCCUCCCGGUCUGAGCUCUCUCCUUGACCUAA